AUGACACCCACACCCCCGAGCGCCGCGACGAGCCAUUCUGGCGCAUCACCUGACUUCCGAGUUGUGCGGAAACGGAAUCGAAUCCCCUUAUCGUGUGCGCCAUGUAGACAUCGGAAGCUGAAAUGCAAUCGACAAUCACCAUGUGACAACUGCACAAAGAGAGGCGAUAGUGGAUCGUGUACUUAUGCCGCACCGGCGGCGAGGAAGAAGGGGAGCCACAGUCAGAACUCCAGCAGCACGAGUCCGGAUGACAUGCAGAAUAGGAUUGACCGACUGGAGGGCCUGGUGCUGUCGCUGAUGACAACAGGUUCGCAGGCGGUCGGACCCGCCGCAGCACAGCGCGCUCUGUCGACCUCUGGUCCCAGCACCGGUGAGACGCAGCCGCUGGAAGGGAAUGGAGAUAAUGAUAUGGAUGAAUCUACGAUGAUGGAUGGGGACGAAAUUGGGGAUACCCAAGAAGACGAGAGCGAGACCGAUGGCGUGACUAAGAGCUUUGGAAUCCUCAAGGUCGAUGCCGACUCGCAGAAGACGUUCUACGUGGGCGAGGCGCACUGGGCGGCGCUGUUGAAUGAGAUCGGCGAGGUGAAGAACUACUUCGUCGCGCACAAGAAGGAAUACGAGGCGCAGAUUGAGAAGGUCGAGCAAGCGAGGAAAUCCAUGGGCACCGAUGUCGGUGCUGGCCCGGCGUUGUUGUUCGGUUCGACCAUCCCUCCCAGCCGUGCCGAGAUCCUGGCUCAGAUACCUUCACGGUACAUGUCGGAUAUUCUGAUCGGUCGAUAUUUCAACACUUUUGACCCGGCCACACAUAUCCUGCAUGGCCCGACGUUUCAACGGAAUUACAAUCAGCAUUGGAAUGAUCCGUCCAAGAGCUCGAUCGUGUGGGUCGCAAUGCUCUUCACCAUGAUGCGGCUGGCAAUGUUGUCUUACGGACGAGAGGGAGACGAACCGCCCGAGUUUCGCGGCAAGUGUCAGGAUCUGGCGGCGAACUUUCGAACCCAGAUGGCACACUGCCUCAUCACGGCGGACUACACCAAGCCUCACAAUCACAUCAUUGAGACGUUGAUAUUCCACUUGCAUGCCGAGUACACCUCGAAUCGGGAUGCUGAAGCCAGCGUGUGGGUGCUCGUGGGGAUGAUUGCCCGCCUGGCAAUGCGGAUGGGUUAUCAUCGAGAUGCCAAGCUGUUCCCUAAUCUCAGUCCUUUCCAGGGUGAAAUGCGCCGCCGAGUCUGGACAUUUGUGCGAAGUGCGGAUCUGUUGUUCUCUGCUCAGGUCGCCCUCCCUCCGAUGAUUCGAAUCGGUGACUCGGAUACCGAACUUCCCAGGAACAUUUACGAUGAUGAGUUCGACGAAGACUCGACCUCUCUCCCUCCUGCUCGACCGUCAUCUGAAGCCACACCUAUUUCCUACAUGAUAGCUAAAGGCAGACUAUCUUUUGGUUUCGGCCGGGUACUUGAAGAAAUCAACGGGGUCAACAAGAAGGGAUAUGAGGAGAUAUUGAAGAUUGACAAGGGAUUGCGCGAUAUUUACGACAGCAUUCCAGAGCAUUUGAAACUCAGACCUAUGGCGGAACAAACGCUGGCACCGAUUUCUCUGAUCAUGGCUCGAUUUAGCCUGGCAACGGUCUAUCAUAAGUCACAGUGUGUGCUGCAUCGUCGCUUUAUGCGACUGGCCAGAAAUGGCAAUCGCUAUACACAUUCUCGGCGAACGUCGCUGGAUUCGGCGAUGCAAUUACUGAGCUUCCAGUCCAUUCAACAUCAGCAAAGUCGUGAGCGCGGUCGUUUGCGAAGCUUGCGAAAUCAUGUCAAUUCUCUGACGGCACACGACUAUCUUCUGGCUGCCACGGUGGUCAUGAUGGAUCUAUAUCACCACAAAGACCGGUCAGAUACCGAUGUCAGCACACCCAGCACGUCUGUGAGUGGCGGAAGCAUCAGUCAGGGAAGCAAUAUCUCGGAAGGUGUGUAUGCUCCCGGCUUGACGUAUUGCCGCGAAGAUCUUGUCAAAGCACUCGAAGACAGCCGGGAAAUCUGGAUGGCCAAUCGCGACUUCAGCAUAGAAGCGUACAAGGCGAGUGAAUUGCUCAAUGUGCUUCUGCACCAUGUCAGAUUGCCAUCGUCGCCGAGCAAUCCGAUGCAUACGCAACUUCCACCACCGGGACGGCAGGCGCAGGGUUCGAGUAACGAUGAACAAACCGCAGCAAUGACAUUAGAAAUGCUUCAAGCCGGACGAGUGGGUAGUGGUGAGCCUGGAAGCAAUGGUACACAACCGACCUCGCCAGGAGCACAAUGGGGAGCGGGGACCACACCGGGGAUGACGGGUGAUUUCUUCGGAACUGGAGUAGCCAAUGCACCAAGUCCAUUCCCCAGCGGAUUCUUCAACAGUGCCAUGAACGACGUCAGUCAAGGGAUGAAUCUUGAUUGGGAAGCGUGGGACCAAUAUAUGCAGCCGGCGAAUCUAUCGCUGGAUCCAGCGUCAACGUUAUGGUCGACGAAUUCGCCCAACAGCAACUUCUUCGCGCAGACAUCGCCGACGGAAGGUACAGGUGACAACUCCAUGGGAAUGGGAGGGUCAGGAGGGAUGUAUGCGCAAAGCAUCGGAUCCCUUAUAGGAGGACCGGUCGAUAUGAAGAACGACGGCCAACAAAUGCCCAAUCUGAGUGCGAACUCGACGGCCACGGCCAACGACAACAGUGCGGGAGAGGUGUUUAUGGGCGUGCAGACGCCGCAGCCGGGUGGGAUACCAAAUUGGAAAUGGACGGUGAUGAGUGAUCAGAAAAAUCAAAGGGGUUGA